UUAGCAUCGGCUAACGUUAAUCUUGAUUCCCUCUCGGUUUUAACUGUUAAACUGAGAUUAUAGAUGACUGCUGUGUUGGUUUUUGAGGUAAAAACUGCGUUACCUCGCGAGUAAACUGUCGAAAUAUUAAUAAAAAACUUUGACUAACUGACGUCAUCCGCCGUACACACUAACGAACCGUGCCCAGUUUCCUUUGUGGAGGAGACAAAAAGGAUCGAGAGGAGGCCUUCAACCGACCGAGGAGCCGCGGCCUCGCCUUCAAGCUUAAUCCGACCCUGCGAGUCCUAGCAGCGGCUUACCUGCACCAGACAGGUCCCGGUACAAAGAAGACCUACAAUGGAUCCCAGUGCUUUCUGCGGCAUCUUUCUGGGUCGUCGGCCGUUGACACGACGGGAAUCAUAUAGCAGUCGGUCCAAUCGGCGGCUUGUUAAGGUGACUUCAGGUGGCUGUAGCUGGUUAAUGGUUGAGCUUGUCGCACUCGGACAUGUUUUUGUUUUUCCUUGACUCAGAAACAGCGUUAGUAAUAUGAAACGGAGUCCUCAGCAGGACUGUAGAGGGCGCUGUGUCUGCCUGUGGACAAAACAAAAUUACCCAGGGUGUUAGUGUACUUUUAUGGGUUGUUCCUCUUCCUCUUUUUUGCUACCUUUUGUCUGAUAGAUGUUUGAGUAUAGAUUUCCCCUUUUUAAAAAUCAAAUACCUGUACUUUACGGUGGCCGAGUACCGCCACUGGUGCAAAUUAAAAAAAAGAAUGCAAAAAAAGAAGUCACAACAGAAGUUACUGAUGCAAAACCGAAGCCUGCUGCAAAUAAAAAAAGAAACGGUGCAGAUCAAAAAUAAAAAAAUUUUAAAAAGGAUGCAAAUAAAGAAAUCCACAAUGGAAGUGAGCUGCCGGGGACCAAUAAUGAUGAUGCACCGGUGUUUUACGAUUUAGGCACAGAAGACAACGGCAAGAAGACGAGCAAAGAAGUUAGUGAAAAGGUUACUGUUUAAUUUCGCUUCUUGUGCUUUUUAGUGUGUCAUUUGUUGAGGCCAUGUUGUGCCUGAGUUGAUAUGCAGUUGAACUGAAGCUAACACCGCACCGGCAUCCUCCAGUUCAACUUCAUAUCGACUCAGGCGCAACAUGAUCUGACCAAAUGACACAUUGAAAAGUACACGAAGCGAAAUCCUUUGAUUUUUGCUGUCACUUUUUUUUUCCUUUUUGCAUUGCCACAUUUUUUGCGUCAUUAACUUUCAUUAACUGUUUUUUUUUUAUCUGCACCACCUCUUUUUUAUCUGCAGCAGGCCUUUGUUUCUUUUUUUUUUUCAUCAGUAUCUUCCGUUGUGGCUUCCUUUCUUUCUUUUUUUUUUUUUGCAUUCUUUUUUUAUUUGCAGCAGUGGCGGUUCUCGGCCGCCGUAGACUUAACAUCAACUAUCCUUAAUAAACGUUUUACUCAUUCAAGGGAGGAAUUCUUAUAACUUUAACUUGAAGCAUGAAUAAAUGAGGAAUAACCUAUGCAGCAAAACACAUAACACUGGCAACCAUCUGCAAAUUUGCCAAGCAUCCUUAAAGUAUUUAGGGACUUUGUAUAUCAUAAAAGUCCCGGGAAACCUAUUCAGCUCUGAAUAUUUACCAAAGGACAAAAAAAUAAUUGUAUUUAUAAAUUUUUCCAGGUUUUAUUUUAGUAUUUUCUCCAUAUUUCAGUCCUUUUAACGACUUUAUUUAGGUCUCGUGCCUGUGCAAAGACCCAGCCGUUACGUUGUUUACGUUGACGUCACGGUUUCCAGGGCAACGGAACCUGACAGCUGUUUCCCCCCCACCGCAAUCGGAAUCGUUACAGAGAUUUUAAUCCACUCAGUCUAAGCAGGCAGGGGCGAAACACUACAACACCUGAAGCAAACAUGGUGAGUUAAACGAUUCAAUUGUCUUAAAUUACAUGUUUUAAUGUUUGCAUUUUAUCUGUGUCACGGUUGUUGUAAAAAAAAAAAAAAGUAUGUCACUGCUACUAAAGAGUGGACGCGACAGCGAACGUUACAUAAAUUACUCCCAGUGAAUGUGGCGUAUAGUUUACAUGUAUGUAUACUGUGUUUGCUUUUGGCUGGCUGUUCUAUAAAGUAGUGCCAAAAAUGUGUCAAUGUCAAGGCUGAUGGUUUGGGAUUGACAUCACCCAGCAACUUUAUAUCUGCACAUUAUUGAUGCUUAUAUAAGUUGUGCAUCGUGUUUCAGUUUUGGAGGCCACGAGUUGCAUUUUAAAAGAUGUACAGAGUCCUUAACAAAAAAGGGAGAUAGAAAGAAAUCACAUGAUAGGGUCGUGAAGUUGUUUUUGUAAGAAAAGUAUGAAAAGUACAAAUGGAUAAGUUAGUUUUAGGAUGGCCUCUUAAGUUUUACAUAAGCUGGCAGAGAAAAUGUUUGAUGUCAUUAAGUUUUUUGAAUUUUAUUUUACAUUUGACAAAGUCACAGUGCACUUAUUACACCCCACAGAGUAUAGUGAUUACUCUGUGGCAUGAAUGGCCUGAGUCAAAGCCUUCCUUUCUUACCACUUUCUGGAUCCAAGCCACAAACUGUGCACAUGCCAAAUGGCCCACUAACACUAGCGGGUCACAGCAAGCCGCUAACAGUUAAAUCCUGUUCUAGAUGACUCUUGCUGUGUGGUUAGUGUUAAACCUCUUGUACAAGCUGUGUCAUGAUCCUGUGCCAAACCCUGACACCAAACUUACCUGUGUUGACCAGAGUGUUACCCAACCCCACCAAGGCAUUGAUUUUAUACCAAAUCAACGAGAAUAUACUAGUCCUGUUGAAGUGUGCUCUCUGAUCCACCUGCAGGGCCUGUUGUCCAUUCUUCGACGGAUGAAACAGUCUCCAGAGCAGGAAGUGCGCUUGCUGUUGCUCGGCUUGGACAAUGCUGGCAAGACCACUCUGCUGAAACAACUGGCAGCCGAAGAUAUCAGCCAUAUCACCCCUACACAAGUACACAUACACAAAGACACUCAUUUUACAAUAGAUGCAAUUCUUUAGUUUUGUAAAACAGAUUUGCAGAUAAUGCAUUGAUGUCCCCCUUUGCAAGUAUUAUAGAAACAACAGCUGAAUCAUCUGUCCUGUGUCUCUGCAGGGUUUCAAUAUAAAAAGUGUUCAGUCAUCUGGCUUCAAGCUAAAUGUUUGGGACAUCGGAGGUCAGCGCAAGAUCCGCCCGUACUGGAGGAAUUAUUUUGAGAACACAGAUGUACUAGUAAGUUGUAAAACUGCCUUAUAAAAUCGCUAAUAGCAGUGUUGUUUUCGUUGAAAAAGCGUUUAGCAUUUGACUGACAAAAUCCUCAUGAAUUUUGCAACUCUGUAUGUCAUCCACCACUAACGUUUUCAUCUAGUCUAGUCUCGUCAACGUAAAUGCACAUUUGUCUUGUCACAUUUUAGUCAUCUAAAACUUAUGUUUAGCUCGUCAACGUCACGUCAUGUUGUGGAAAAAAAGGGUCGUUGACAAAAUAUUUUCUUCAGCGUCAUCGUCAACAAAAACAACACUGGCUAAUGGAUAGAUGGAGGGUUUGUUGAUGUGCUACUUUAUGCAAUAGCUAGUCUUGACUUAAAAUUGGCAAGAGGUGUGCCAUGAGCGCUGAUAUUGUGCACAUCACUUUGAACCUCAUGUAUCAUUUCACUGCAAGUGUUACUAAUACAGUUUUAUUACCCUUUUAAAUUGAGGCUUCAAAAGCAUCGUCUCUCAUGUGAUGUGAUCAACAUGGAUUUCAGUGUUUUUUUCAGAGGGGUCGAAAAACUCCUCACAGGAGCGUUAAAAACCUCCCUGUUAAUAUGUUUAACUGUGUUAUUUCUAGAUCUAUGUGAUCGACAGCUCGGACAAGAAAAGAUUAGAGGAGACAAGUAUGGUGAGUUUGAAUUUCUUGACAGGAGUGCAAUAAUAAAAUACUUUCAGUGUGAUUGUAAGGCAAAUAUGGAUGGUUGCAGGCUCUGUUAUAGUUUAAAAAUCUCUGACUGUAUGCAUUUUUCUUCCUCCAAUGACCACUCUCCUGUUUUCAUUUCUCCAGGAGCUGGCUGAGCUGCUGGAGGAGGAAUCGCUUGCUGGUGUGCCACUGUUAAUUUUUGCUAACAAGCAGGACCUGAUGACGGCCACCCCGGCGUCCGAGCUGGCGGAGAGUCUCAAUCUGCACACCAUCAGGGAUCGCAUGUGGCAGGUCCAGGCAUGCUCAGCCAUCACAGCCGAGGGAGUGCAGGUAAAUAAACACAGUAUCCAUGAUGAUAUGCAUACGGUUAAGGAGGAGUCAUGCUCUGCUGCGGAGGAGCUCUUUUUCACUGUUAAUCAUUUCUUUGUUCAGCUGAAAUUAAGACUGUGUAUGAUGACAAAAGGACCUAAAAUAUAAGAUAACAACAAUGGACAUGUGCCUUUCAGUUUUUAAGGUCUUGUGAAUUUCAAAGCAGCAUCAAUUGCUAAGCUAGUUAUAUAAAUCCUUAUUUAACUGUGAUAAAGUUACUCACAGCACUCCUGCAUUAAACUUCCUACAUACAAGGCUGAAUCUUGUUUGUCGUAACAGGGUUAUAACCUAAUUAUUACUUCCCCUGAUGCUCACACCGCAGAUGCUAUUUAUAAGGUUAACCAGAUUAGGGGUGUGAAGUUAAGCAUGUUAUCAUCUUUCGUAAGACCAAAGAGGCUUUGCUUCCGCAACGUCAUUAUAAGUAUGAAGAUGAUUCAGCCGGCUAUGACACAGUCACCGCUGCAAAAAAAAGAUGUAUUCAAAGCAGCAGUAUCACUAAGCAGGCGACCACUGAACUGUUUCAUGUUUAUUAGAUACUUUAAGCUCAAAUAAGAUAGUUUGUUAACUAUUUAUUUGCUUAGUUAAAGCCAGCUCUACUGACACUCAGUAUAAAUGUCUUGUUUUCCUUCAUUUGAAAUCAUCACACUGCUCUUAAAAUCAGCAAUAAAUACAAAACCCCCUCAAACCACUUCUUACAGCACCUUUUUAUCUUCUGCUUCUCUCUAGGAUGGCAUGACCUGGGUUUGCAGAAAUAUAGCUUUCCGAAAAAAAUGACCUUGGAAGGAAGGAUCAAGGUCGUUGAAGAGAUUACUUUGCACUUUACAUUUUAGUCACACAGAUGUGGCAGACAGAGUGAUUUUAUUUUUCUGAUAAAACCACAAAUUUAUUCAAAGUUUUCUGUCAGCAGUAUGUAAAAUUUUAUAAGUAGGAACUAUAAACUGUUGGAACUGUCAAUGCAGCUAUUGCACAUAUCUUUUUUUAUCCCAGUUAGUAUUUGUCUUGAAAUGUAAAUACUGUAUAUAUAUUAGGCAGCUUUAUUCUAACAGCUGGCUCUGCACAUGGUGCUAUUAUGAAGGUUGUACCAUUAAAACAAGGAUUUGUAGGUAUUGACUGUCUGGAUGAAAUUACAAUGUUUUGUGAGUGGAUUUUGGACGUUAGUUUUGAAUGCCUGUGAGUCUGUGUGUCUGCAGCUAGAGGGCGACAUUGCACUAAUGUUGUCUAUUAAAACCUGCUGUUCAAUUAUUAAAUCAGUGCUUUCCGUAAAUGCGGGAGUUUAAAGAG